GCACUUUUCGAUAGGAUGUGGUCUGUCUGUCAUCAUCUGACUGUGUGUGUGUGUGUGUGUGUGUGUGUGUUACAGACCGAAGUGGUGAAGGGCCCAUCGGGCAGCUGGGGCAUGACCUUUAGGCACGUGGCGGCCAGCGAGGGUGACGCCGUGCACGUGAGCAUCGAGAGGGUGACCCCCAACUCCCCCGCCGCUCAGGCCGACCUGCAGAGGGGAGACCGGCUCAUCGCCAUCGGAGGUGUCAAGGUCACGUCAUCCGUCCAAGUCCCGAAGCUCCUGAAGCAGUCAGGCGAGCGGGUGCAGGUCCUGUACGAGCGUCCGGUACGCCACCAGGCCCCCAGCGCAGGCAUCGCCACCCCCCAGGACGCACUGGUCUCGCUGGACGAGCCAGCACCCCUGCCCCCACCCCCGCCCACAGGCUACGAGGAGGACCCGGCCCCCAUCACCACCAUGGACAUCUCGGAGAGCAAAGACAACGACUCCGAGUUCGAGGAGCUCGUCGUCGAGUCCAGGCCGCCGCAGCCGCCGACCCCCACCAGCACCCCCUCGUUUGCCGGCAUGGAGGUCAGAGAGGACUUCCUGCUGAGCGUAAACCAAAGCCCCAAGAAGACAGUGGCCACGCUGGCGUCCAAGCCGCUGGGCUCCAUCUCGCCCAUCCUCAACCGCAAGCUCAACCUGGGGCUCCAGUCCCCGCUCAAGCCCCAGCCCAAAGAGUCACCCAAGCCCUCGCCCUCGCACAAGGCCACGCCCGAGGCGCCCGCCGGCGGGGGAGAGGGACCACAGCGGCCCACGGUGCCCCCGCCACCUCCCCCGGCGCGGCCCCCGGUCCCUCCCCGGCCGCACAUCAAGGUCACCUCGGUGCCGGAGGCGCAGAGCCAGACGGACAGUGCCGACGGAACCCCUGCGGCAGAGAAGAGUCCUGAGAAAACUCCGCCGGCCGCUGGCACCACUGGUGGAAACGGAGACAAAACUGCUGCUGAAAAAUCCCCUGUCAAAUUGCCCGAGCCAAAGCCUUUAACGAAGCCUCCGGAACCCACCCAGGACACCGCCUCCAUGACGAGCAGCGGCAGCAAGUCCGACUUGUCUAAAGACAAGAACUCGGACCAGGCUGGCUCUUCCACCAACCGCGACAGCCUGGACGAGCAGGGCCUGUGGGAGUCCUCCGAGUGCAUGUACCGCAAGAGGUUGGCGCACUGGUCCAAGGCCUCGGUGGUCUUCGAGGUGGAGAGCCAGCACCGCUUCCUCAACGUGGCACUGUGGUGCAAGGACCCCUUCAAGCUGGGCAGCCUGCUGUGCCUGGGCCACGUGACCCUGCACCUGGAGCACGUGGCCCUGGAGUGCCUGUCCACGUCGUCGGGCGAGUACCAGAGCACCUUCCGCCUGAACGCGCCGGAGCCGCGGGCUAGCGUUAGCCGCACGGCGCUGCGCAGCCUCACCACGCACAAGGGCUUCAACGAGAAGCUUUGCUAUGGCGACGUCACGCUCAACUUCACCUAUUUAGUGGAGGGCGAGCCGGAGCACCCGUGCGGCGGAGGGGUGGCAGAGGGCGAGCGCGAGGGCAGCCUGCAGGAGGAGGAGCCCCACGAGAGGGAGCGGACGGAGCAGCUGCACCCGCACCCGGUCAUGGUGCGCGACGAGUUGAGCCACGACUCCAUGGCCAUGGGCGAGGUGAGGCACAACUUCCAGGACACGCAGUUCCAGAACCCGACCUGGUGCGAGUACUGCAAGCGCAAGGUGUGGACCAAGGCGGCAUCGCAGUGCAUCGUCUGCGACUACGUGUGCCACAAGAAGUGCCAGGACAAGUGCCGCUCCGAGAACCCCUACUGCGUGGCGGCCGGCGACCGGCGCAGCGCCGACCCCGAGGCCAAGUCCACCAUCAAUCGGGCCACCACGGGAAUCACGCGCCACAUCAUCAACACCAGUUCGCGCCUGCUCAGCCUGCGGCCGCUCCCCAAGGCCCGGCUGGCCGAGCAGGUGGCCGAGCUGCCGGGAGCAGGGGUGAUAAUGGCGGGAGCGUGCGCGGUGGAGCCUUCGCCAAAAGACACGCCCAACACAUCCGACAACGAGAGCAGCGACACGGAGACGUACACCGGGGCCAGCCCGUCCAAACACGGCAUGGGCGUGGGCGUGGGCGUGGGCAUGGGCGGCAGGGGAGCCAAGCUGGCGCGCAAGGAAGGCGGCCUGGACGACAGUGUGUUCAUCGCCGUCAAGGAGAUCGGCCGCGACCUAUACCGCGGCCUGCCUACCGACGAGCGCUCGCAGAAGCUGGAGCUCAUGCUGGACAAGCUGCAGCAGGAGAUCGACCAGGAGCUGGAGCACAACAAUGCCCUGCUGCACGAGGAGCGCGAGGCCUCGGCCGAUGCCCGCGCCGACGCCCGCCACAAGGGCCUGCUGGCCGCCGCGCUGGCCAAGUCCGGCGAGCGGCUCCAGGCGCUCACGCUGCUCAUGAUCCACUACCGCGCCGGCAUCGAGGACCUGGAGUCGGUGGAGAGCACGUCGCCCUCCGAGCCCCAUGGCUUCCCCAAGGCCAAGGGACUGGAGGAGGUGCUGGAGGAGGAGGAUUCGCUCAUGGUGUCCGAGGUCUACGACAGCGACAUCUGCAGCCCAAUAGAUGUGAUGGAUGACAUCACCGAUGAGCAGAUCUGUGUGGAGGCACUCCAUUAGAGGGGUGGGUAGAGUUGCCCCCUCCUUCCACCAGAGAUGGUGGGGUGGGGGGGGGGGCAGUGAUAUAAGGUGUAGGUGGUUGUGUUAUUGGUUGGGGGCUUGUAACUCACUGAAAAAGCUUGAUAAAAUGUACGUGUCUAGGCUGUCGUUCUUGUGGAAUAUGUUCUGACAUGUCAGAAAAGCAGGCCAUCAAAGGACAUUGAAAUGAUUUUUUUAGAACAAACUAUGAUGAAUAGAAUCCUCUCUGACUGUCCCAAAGUAGUCCCUACAAGUUCCCUCAUCCCAGCUGUUGGGUGCCUUUGAUCUGAGGGUUCAAGCAGUCGGAGGCUGAUGUGACAAUGAGCGGAUGCCCUGGUGUCCCUCCGCUGUGACAUCACGGAAGAUUCCACACGAUCAUAUCACUCAAGCAGGUUGCAGGCUGUGUUCUAGCUGUGAAUUCAGCUUCUGCUCACCCUGUGUUCCAGCUGUGAAUUCAAAUACUGGCAGCUGAAGACGUGUGGGCUGUACUGUACUGUGUGGUCCGGUUGAGUGAUCAGUUACCUUAGAGUCGGCUAGGUCCGCUAAUGUCAAAGCCUCUCUUCUGCUGGAGUGAGUAACAAGCCCCCCCCCCCCCCCCCCCCCCACACACACACACACACACAGACACACACACACAGACACACUCACAUACAGACACAUACACACUCAAAUGCGUAAUCUGCAGUUUGAGACAUAACAUGAAACCAGAGGAAAGAUCCAGAAUGUUUACUUAUAAUUUACUAAUAUUUUUUCCAUGUUCUGUAUGUGCAAAUGCAACAUUGUCACUGUUUUCUUUUCUUCAAAUGUCAGAACUUUUAAUUAUACUGUUGUGGGCACUCUUUUUAAGUCUUUUUUUGUUGUUGUUUGUUUGUUUGUUUGUUCUUGUUUUUAACUUUGUCCACCUCUCUCUGAAGCUGCAAGGGAAAAACAACUUUUAGGAUCAUUUAAGGGGUUAUUGUGUAAACUUCACGUUUUUGGGGGACCAUAGUUUCACUUGUCUCUACAUAGAUUUAUUUAUCAUUAAGGCCAAAAUGGAAAUGAUGAUCAUGAAGCCAUUGUGAUAUUUAUGUUUUUUUGUUUUGUCUGUUACAUAUUUUUGGAUGAGUGUGUGUGUGUGAAUGAAAACAAAUGAAAAUCACGUACCCAUAUCAAUUAUUUAUUUACUUUAUUCAUACUUUCUUUUAAUAAAUUCUUUCUGUCUUUUGCCACCACCUCAUUCUUGUAAGUCUGGUUUCUCCAAGUGGGAGUGUUUUGAUAAUUUGACCGCCCUGAGCUUGUCCCUAUUGAGAGAAAACGACAGCUCCAUUCCCUGAUUGGAAAAUGCAGUGACUCUAUAGCUAUUGUUAUCUGCAUAUGGAUUUUUGAUUCAAGCUAAAUCUUAGCUUUGUGCUAAUGUUAUACUAGAGCAUCAUUCAUACAUACACAAACACACACACAGACACACUCCCACAUACACACUCACAUGCGUACACCCACACAGAUGAGAAACACACAAAUGAUUUAGUUUUUAUUCUGUUCCAUUUUGUAUUCAGUAAAGGAGUGUGAACUGUGUACCCAAUACUAUUUGCACCUUUGAAAAUGAAUGAAUGUACUUUCCUCAGUAUAUGUUACUGUUACCAACACAACAACACACUCGAAUACAAAACAAAAUAAAUAAAUGAAAGUCUGCUGGACAGCAAGCUUCUCUGCUCUUAUAUGUCCACAUCACAGCAAGUCGCUACAGGAGAUAUAGCUUUACUCAAAAUCUUCAUAUUGAGCCAACCUCUCUCUUUCCACACUGGUGUGAAAUCUGAAGGGAGUUGAAUUUGGUGUAAAAGUCUUCUUGGACUCAUCCAUUGACAGCUACUUAGGAAACAGCAGCGCCUGGCUUCUGAAGGUGUAAUUACUUCAGAGCAAAUGAUCUCGCUUGCGAUCAAAUAUGCACCCAAAGAGCGUCUGACUGAAAGCGAUCUGGCCCUGAUCCGAGAUCAGAUAUCAGACUUCCAGAGUCGGACGCUGCCUGUCUGUGUAGUUCAUUUAAAAGGUGUAGAUCCGUACCCACCACCAUCGUCUCCCACGUGACCGUCAUUACAAAGGAGAGAAAGGGCUAUGGUCCUCUGCCACGAAACCAGUGGUGAUGGGAGGCAGACUACGAAUACUUGAUGGCUUCAAAAACAUCUGGUUCUGCUGCACAACUGUGUGUUUGUGUGAGUGUGACUUGUUCAUCGAGGCCCUCUGCGGAGAUGCCGCUUUGUUGUUAGUGCAUGAGCAGGUGCUUUGAGGUUCACUGGCCGCGGGGAGAGUUCCCCCUGUCCGCGUGCUGUUGAUGCGUCGCUGUGUAAAGGUACCGUGAUCAUGCAGCUGCUUCUGUGCGUUCACUGUAAACUCUCUCGCUCUUUUUGUUUUGGAUUUUCAGUUUUUUUUUUUUUUUUUGCUGGUUGUCCAGUGCUGGGCUCAGCAGGACGUUAAAUCAGUCUGUUUCUGAAGUCUCUUCAUGGUGUGUUUCUUUGUGUCAUCCUCCUAAAUCAGCCAGGCGGUACCUUGAGACCUCACCUGAGGUAAUGAGUGGAUCUGUUAACAACUAAACUGUCUUCUGUUCAUUCUUUGUUUGUUUGCUUUCUUGUGUGUAUGUGUGUGAGUGUGUGUGUUGCUUCUACUGCUGCUCCUUGUUGCUCUGACUCUGUGCUCCUGGAAAAACAAACAGUGUGUCUGUGUGCUCUCUGUCCCUCCCUCAGUCAUAGUUUCAAAAUAUAUACUAAACGGCGUCUGCCAUCUUCAACCACACACGUGUAUCCCACAGUACAAAAUGAACUGGCUGUAAAUGUAGCGCUCUUGUACAUAGCUUUGAGGAAAAACAGGCUCACCAUCCUGCCUAAUUCAAUUCCUGUGUAUGGGUCUGUAUGAUGUUUGUUUUUUCUUUCUCUUGGCUUAUUGUCCAUAGAUUUUUUUUUAUUUAGAUUUUUUUCCCCCCUCAAUACAGCUGCUAAAGAACUGUCCAGCUUCAUAAUGUGCUGCAAGUCCUUUACGCACUAACAUAUCAUAUUUGCUUAUGCACUUGAAAUAAAGGUUAUUAUUUAAAAACAA